CUGACAGUGGUGAGGUCUGUUAGGUCGCGGGGAGGCCGUACCCCUCUUAAAUUUUCAUGAAGAUUCUUAUUUCAUAAUUCACUAACACAAUUCUUGGUAUUUGUUGUGGUGAGUGGUGCGAAUGUCUAUAAACUAUAAAGUCCUAGUAUGAAAAAAGCGUGUGUUUAAUUGCUGAUGUGUGUGUGAAAUGUGAAUAUAGAAUGGUUUUUAAACGCAAAACCUGACCCAAGUGAACAUGUUAAGAUAUAUAAGAUCUUCUAUGGAAAUAAAGAUUUCUACAGGUUGCACUUAUACAAUGUAAAUAAAGUACCUGUGCGUGUCAGACAGCAGACUGAACAAAUAGAUAAUUUAGCAUAUGACUAUUAUGCUUUCGUGAGACAUGGAGUCCGGAACAGAUUGGUUGUGUGAAAUUUUACAGACUGUUCAAUUAGAACACUUCUAUUUGCCCAUACGUGAUCAGUUACAGAUUACAAGGUUAGCACAUUUUGAUUAUGUUCAUGCAGAAGACCUUGAAAGAAUUGGUAUUAGUAAACCAGGUAUUCGCAGACUUCUUGAUGCUGUAAGGAAGAAAAAACUACAGCAAUGGAAUCGCAAAUUCUGGAAUAAACUUUUUGGUUCAUCAUCAUCUGCAACCAAGGAAAAGGCUGACUUGGCAUUAAAACCACAAGCACAGAGUGAACCUCGGACCACUUGUAUCAUACUGGAGAAAGACCUGAUAUUGCAUAAUGAGCUAGGAAAGGGAUCAUUUGGUGUAGUGAGAAGAGGAGAAUGGAAAGUAUCAAAUCAACAGAACCAAAGUAUUCCAGUUGCUGUAAAAGUAUUGAAAGCUGAUGCAUUCUCUCAACCAGGAAUUUAUGAUGACUUCAGAAGAGAAGUAGAAGCAAUGCAUAGUCUGAAACACCCUAAUCUGAUCAAAUUACAUGGUGUAGUAUUUCAUCCACUAAUGAUGGUGUGUGAACUGGCUACAAUGGGAGCCUUAUUAGAUUAUAUAAGAGCGCAGAAUGAGAAAGUGUCACUGCAGUACAUAUCAAAGUGGUCUAAGCAAGUUGCUGCUGGAAUGGAAUAUUUGGAAAGAAGUCGAUUUCUACACAGAGAUCUAGCAUGUAGAAAUAUAUUGUUGUCUAGUUUAGAAUUGGUUAAAAUUGGUGACUUUGGUUUAAUGCGAGCUUUGCCUGAUGCAGAUGAUUGCUAUGUUAUGAGUGAACGACGUAGGGUGCCUUUCCCAUGGUGUGCACCUGAGUCUCUACGGUCCAGGCAAUUCUCACAUGCAUCUGAUGUGUGGAUGUUUGCUGUGGCCCUGUGGGAAAUGUAUACUUUUGGAGAUGAACCCUGGAUAGGUUUGAAUGGAUCAGAGAUACUGAGAUUGAUUAUGAGAGAAGGACAACGUCUUUCGCCACCAUCGGCAUGUCCGCCUGAUGUAUAUAUGUUGAUGAUGCAGUGUUGGGAUCUCAAUCCGAAAGACAGACCCACCUUUGCUGGUAUUCUGAGAUAUAUGGAAAUGAAUAACUUUGAAACUGCCAUCGCUAAUUUAAGUUAUAGAAAACAAGGUCAAAUGAGUAUCGAGGCCGGGGACUCUAUUAUCUUGAUUGAUAAACGAGCAGAACUUCAUUGGUGGAAGGGACAGAAUCAAAGAACACUAGUUGUAGGACUGUUUCCUAGUAACAUAGUGACUGUUGCUAAAAGCAAGACCCCAAUGCACAUCAAAAAGGCGCAAACAUUAUCGCCAAGUAGACGAGUGUCGAAUCCCAGUACAAUAGUGUCGUCAGACGACGCGGAGGUAAUACUGCGCAAACGUCGCACCAUCGAAUCUACCCAGCCUGCGAGUACGCGGGCUGGCAACAGCGCUAGCAAACACUUCAACUACAACAAGCUGAUCAACGACAGGACAUUGCUCAACGAACGGGUAGCGAGGGCCGCUAGAGACAACCAGUCAAAGAGCUUGAACCAAGUGAGAGAAGAUCUGCUAAUCGAUUUAGAUCUACCGCCAUCUACGAACAAAAAUUCGCCGGGAAAAGCAUCCGCUAUACACAACAUAUCAAUAUUGGAUGAGCCCAUCGAUAUACCGGAAGUUGGACAAGCAGAUUGGGGCCAGAGUAUCGAAAGUCUACCCACAUACAGCGCAAACACCAACGAUACACAAACCUAUCCUAAUCUUUACGGUGCUAGGUCAUUAGAUGCACUAAACGUGGCCGUUACCUCGGUUGAUCCCUUCGACCUAUCCACAAUCUGGCCAGUCACCCAAAACUCACAUACAAGACCUAACUAUGAUAUUCACCCUGGAAAUAUUACAACUCACGAAUCUCAAAUACCUACAAAUUACUCACAUACGCAAACAUAUAAUACACAAACACUGCCAUACGUUAGUCAUAAUCAACCGAAUAAUGCUCUCUCCUUAGAUAAAUAUUCUAGUGAUUUUAAUCCCGUUAAGUCCUUAGCACAAAUGUCGUUAGACGAUCGAAUAUCGGAGUCGCUGAAUCUCAGAUCGAAGAACACAAACUACGAUAAUAUUUACUCGAAUUGUAGAAUAGAAAAUGAACCGUCGACAUCCAGUGGUAAUGUAAAUGAGAGCAGAGAAGAUAUUCCCGUUUACCAAUCAUUUGACGCGAAUCCGGCACAAGAGCAGUUCAUUCGCGAAACAAAAGAUUACUACACGAAAUUCUCAACGCCGGCGAGUCAGAAUAGUAGCAACUACGAGAAGAAUAUAUACGUGCCAAAGUACGAUGAGAGCGAAAAGUUAGGCAACUUCAGUGAGUCGGUGGAGAAUUCUAAGAAUUAUUCCGCGUUGAAGUAUCAGAAUUUUAAUCAGUAUUCGAGUUAUGGUUAUGGUGCGUCCAGUUCGCGGGGGUAUGAUGAGGUUAAUGAUGCGGAGAGUAAUUGUUAUAGUGAGAUUGAUGAAGAUAAUCGGUACGCACGUGCUACGUACGCAAAUGCCGGCUUGUACGAUGACGUAUACGAACCGACGCUCCGCCCACAUAGGCCCGCACCCCCUUGCCCGUCCAAACCUAAAUGAUACCAUAUGUGUAAAAAAUACAACUAGUGAAUCAAAAAAGACGAAGUAAUGAUAGAGGUCGGCCAUUUUGUCCGCGCCAUCUGCGUCUCUGCACUGUACUGAUUCGCUCAGUGGCGAACCGGUACUCGUAGGUUUUUUUUUUAUGAAAAUAAGGGACAAGACGAGCAGGACGUUCAGCUGAUGGUAAUUGAUACGCCCUGCCCAUUACAAUGCAGUGCCGCUCAGGAUUCUUGAAACCCCCAAAAAUUCUGAGCGGCAUUACAACUGCGCCUGUCACCUUGAGACAAGAUUUUAAGUCUCAUUUGCCCAGUAAUUUCACUAGCUACGGCGCCGUUCAGACCGAAACACAGUAAUGCUUACACAUUACUGCUUCACGGCAGAAAUAGGCGCCGUUGUGGUACCCAUAAUCUAGCCGGCAUCCUGUGCAAAAGAGCUGGUAAUGGUAAAGGUACGUAAAAUAUGCGAAAUAACUGUGUGUCAAGUCUUGGAACCUAAAAUAUAUUUUCUAAUCAGUUAACGUAAAUGUAACUAAAGUACGCAGAAAACUUUUUAUUCAGUUUUGUUCUACCUUAAAUUUUGCGGUAUUUGAUUAUUUAAGUUCAUUAUUAGAGUCAUUUCAUGUCUGUAUUUCACUUAUCUAUCUAUCUGUCUAUAUAUAUAAAAAUGAAUCGUUAGUCUCUCUAAAACUCGAGAACGGCUGGACCGAUAUGGCUAAUUUUGGUCUUGAAUUAUUUGUGGAAGUCCAGGGAAGGUUUAAAAGGUGAAUAAAUAGGAAAAUGCUGCUAAAUGAAAUAAAAACAACAAUUUUGUUUUUCCUUUGAUGUGUCCAUACAUAAUUUCUAUGAGAGAAUUUAAUGACGCACGGUUUGACAGUUCUGCUGUGAAACAAUUUCAUUACGACAGCAGGGUGCAUAUUUUACGAAGUAAUUUUUUAUGUUAUGAUAUAUUAAUGACAAAAUUGUGCAAUAAAUGAAAAUACAAGUCUACGAAAGUGUGGAAUAAUAAAUUAUUUUAUUCAAAAUCUCAAACUGAAAAAGUGAAAUUUUCAAGCAAAAUAAAUAUCUAAAUAAAUUUAAAAGUAUGCGGUUUGUUUUGACAGCUUACCUACACUUGGAUCUUCCAACAUACCAGCAACAAAUGCACCCGAGCGAAAACCGGCUUUUUUGUCGGCUUUUGUUUCUAUUCUCGUUUGACUAUUUGACGAAAUGGAAAUGAACUAAGUUCACUUUUUCAUCCCGGGUUUUUUUUGCUGGUUGCGUAUUAAUUUUUAUUAACCUGUAUACGCAAACAUAGAAGUAGUUUGUGUCAAAUUCAUCGUAAAAUCAUUAUAAUAAAACAAAAAAACUCAAUUUACAAGUACACACAAAGUUAAAAGCAUAAGUUUCCAUUUCAUCGUAAAAAAUACCAUAUUUACUAAUAAUUGAACUUGCUAAAAUUUGAAGCAAUCUCACAACCAGCUAUGAAGUCUCUGUAAAAGGCACAUUUAUUCCGGAAUAAUUGAUACAAUCGGAUUUUGAUCAGUAAUAAAUUAAUGGUUGCUUAAUACUAAGCUAAACAUUUUGAAUAUUUUAGUAAACACGUGUUACUUACCUCUCCAAAGGUACACAUUAAAAUAUCAACUAUGUGUUAUAAGUAUAAGUUUUAUAAAUCUCCGAUGUUAAUACAUACAUUUCGCAAUAUGAGGCAAUGUCGCUGUUGAAAUGUAUUAAAUUUAAGAUUCUAAUUUCUUUGGCUGUGUCAAGUAAUGUACUUUCUAUAUAUUACUAGCUGCCCCGACAGACGUUGUUCUGUAGAUAAUAAAAAAAUACUAUUUUAUAGCAAAUUGCCAAUAAUAUUUCAAAACAUCAAGAAUUAUUUCGUAAAAAUGCUCCCUGUUGUUAUAAUGAAAUUGUUUCACAGCGGAACUGUCAAACCGUGCGUCACUAAAUUCUCUCAUAGAAAAAAUGUCCAUACAAAACAACUAUUGUUAUAUAAAAAUAAUUAUGGGUCCCAAAUCGAAAUAAAAACUAUCCUAUCUUUCAAGUUGGAUCAAACUGCACUCCAUGAAGUAAUCCCCAUUAAAAUCCGUUCAUUAGUUUAGGAGUCUAUCGCGGACAAACAACGUGUCACGUAAUUUAUAUAUAUUAAUAUUUACUUAAUUAAAGAACUUUUAAAAUGAAAUGAAUGAAUUAGUAAUAGCAGCUAAAUUUAAAACCGAUUAUAUAUAACAUAGCAAGCUUUUGUGACAACCCUAGCAUAUUUCAGUGACUAGAUGUCGAUACAACGUUGGGCGAUAUUUAGCGUUUAAAAGAGUUGACACACUAAUAGUAUUUAUUACACAUUUACUCAUACUGUUUAGUUAUAGUUUAUGCUUUUGCCAAAAUUAUUGUAAGGUGUUCAUAUUGGCUAUUUGUUUUUAGUAGAGCCAUAAAACCUGAUGUAUUUUUUUUAAUUUUAAUUAUUUUCUCAAUAAAAUUGAGUUUAUAAUUUAUUCAACAUAAAAACCUCCUUGAGAACGCCUAUAUUUGAAAUAUUAAAAAUAAGCGAGGCUAUAUCCAAAACUUACACAUAUUUUUUUUUAUAGUAUCUAUAUUUGUCGUACAGUUUUCGGAGAUAAUAAUUCUGUAUAAAACUAGUAAUUAAUCAUGAGUUGUAUAGGUAUCAUUCAAGCUUAGUUGAUUAUUUAAUUAUCUUCAAAGUUAUGAAUUAUUUGGGCUCUGACAUAAUUUCUUAAGUGAACAACUUUGUAAGACUUGCUAUUAAUUGCGUCAAAAUUUAGAUGGUUAUGGAGUAUUCAUCUCAACGAAGAAGGCGUUAGACAUCUAAUAGACUACAAUAAUUACUUCAAGUGAAACCCAGACUUUUAGAAUCAUUUGUCGUGUACGUUAUUGAAGUUAUACCUCUUUUGGCGCGUUACGGUAAAAUUAUCAUAGUGAUAUUAAAAUGCGCGCGCACACCGUCCCGCAAUAUCGACACUCCGACGUUAGCUGGUCAACUAGACCAUUUGUAUCAUACUUCGGCUACCAAGCCUCUUGUAACUCAUAUGUCUACUAAAAUACAACCAAUGGACGAGAAUUAAAUAAAUUUAAUUUAAUGAUAUUAAAUUUCAUGUUUAUUAACUAAAUUAUGCGAAUAAUUAAUAUUUUCAUUGGUCGUAUUUAAUACCUCCUUCUGUAUUGUUUUUUUCUACAAACGUAAAAUAGCCCGAGGGAUAAAUUUGGAUCUGUCGUUUCGUCCAUCUACGUGAUAUCACGUUAAAAAUGGUAAACCACGAAGCAAGUAUAAGUGGUUCAUAUGUUUGGCGCUUUUUUCAGUUAUAUACUCUAUGUAAGAUGGAUACUCAAAUACUUACCCUUAAUUUUAUUAUUAAAAAAAAAACGGUGCCCCACCCCUAAUGUACCUGUCUUAGAAUAUGUAUUAGAUUUAUUAUUACUUGAAGUAUAUGCAUAUAUAGAAAUAUAUAAGGUAGCUGUUUUGACGUAGUUUUUAAAUAUUUACAUUUUACUUAUAGCAAUAGGUAAACUUAUAGUAUGUGAUUACUAUUAAAGAAGUCUUUCUUAUCCCAGUAAUUUUAAUGCAAUUCUUAUAGCAACUAAAAAGUUUGGUUUUUUUAAUGUUUUUAUGAACUCAUGUUCCUAGAUAAAAGGCACACUCGAGAUUAUAGUCUUUAUUAACUGUUUAUUUUAGUGUAAUGUAAAGUUAUGAUAGUCAUAAUUUUAAACUGAUAAAAAGUUUAUAAUAAAUAUUUUUUGUAAUUAAAA